UUAAGUUUUUCUUGGGUAAAGAACUAGUGUAAAAUAGAAAAUGGAAGGUGGGAAUAAACAUCUAUUUUUUUACAGCAAAGGGAAGUUGUCAGUGGUCAGAUGACAGCGGCCUAACCUGAACUAUAUGCUGUUCAGUAGGUUUCCAAGUGACCUGGAUAUAGAGCUUGGUGAGGUGAGGAAGUUGGCUGAUGGUAGAAAGUUACUCAGGAUAAUAGGGUGGGAGCUGAAUGAAUAAUUGCAUCAGGACCUGAUCACAGCGAAUGAGUGGGCAGUAGAAUAGCAGAUUAAAUUCCAUAUAGGCGUAUGUAAAACAACAUUCAUGCAGAAAAAAAAUUUCAAAAUUUACAUACAAAACAAUGAACUGUGAACUAAUUGUAAGGUCUGUGUAAUUAAUGCUUGGUUGUGGUGAACAGCAGAAAUUAUCACUCUCUAUAUAUGUCCGUGACACACCAGCAUCCUGAACACUGCAGUUCUGUGCCACCCUUUGCUCUUAUUGCCAGAAGAAUACACCAAAGUUGGAAACAUCUCUGACAGGGUCAGAGAUGAAUACCUUAAUAGGGUUGGAGCCUUCAGCCUGGCAAAGACCUGUAUGGGUGUUACAGACCUAUAUCAUGAGCAGCUUGGAGAGGGUGAAUAGGAAUUGGGAACCAGUCAUUAAUUUGUCUGUCUUCUACAACAGCCAGUUAUUAAUAAAAUUGAGGCAGGCAGUGGGUUAUAAGCAAGCUGAAGGAGGGGGUGUUUCUGUAACUGAGCGGUGGAACUUCUUGCCAAAUGAUGCUAAAUUUGCAUGGAUUUGGCCGUUGACUCCAAGUAGCUGCAAAGAGAGGCUUUAGGGCAAACAGGGGGGAAAGAAACUCUAUAUGUAACCUCUUCCUUUGCCAACCAUUUUGACCUCUGGAUGAUCUAGUCCAACCCGCUGCUCACAGCAGGCUGAACCCCAAAGCUGGAUCGUGUUGCUCUCAGGGCCUCCAUCCAGUGAGUCCUGGACAUCUCCAAGCGCAGAGACUCUGAAGCCUCCUGGGCACCUGUGGCAAUUGCUGAACCGCCCUUGGGGUGGAGCGUGUGUGUCAGUUUUCCUGAUAGCUAAUCAGGAUUUCCCUCGCUGCAAGUUAGGCCUCUUGUCCUUUUGCUGUGUCCCACAAAGAAGAAUCUGGCUCAUCAUCUCUAAAAACCUCAGUCCCCUUUUCAGUAGUCUCAGACAGCCAUUAAAUGCCUCCUUAAGCGUAUUUUCUCCAGGCUGAACAAACCUAGCUUCCUCCAUCUCUGCUGUGCCUCAGGCUCAUCACUGCCUUAGUGGCCUUGUGUGGGAUUCUGUCCAGUUUCUCAGUGUCUUUUUUUUGCAGCAGCCCAUAUGUGUGUGUCUUUUAAUUAGCUAUUUCAUUUAUCUUCUCUAAAUUUGUUCCUGUGCUAGCUGUGGCUUGGCUCCCCACAGGAUUUUCAAGAUGAGGUUCUACCACCUGUGUUAUACUGAAAGCCAAACAACAGCAUAAGAGUAAUCUCUUUGCUUAAAUUUUUGACAUGUUAAUUAUAUUAAGAAAGUAUUUUAGUGGCUCAAUUAUAGUCUGCUGUUCCAUGCUGCAGCCAUCUGGGAGAGCAACCUCAAAGAUACGAAACAGUCAUGUCUCUGCUGUGAUACUUUCCCUCCCUUACCAAUAGGAGCUCCUCCCUGGUAGUUUUUAAUCAAAUGGUCCAGAUCGAAGGCACAGAGGCAGCUGGGUGCAUCCGGUCCUUUCCUGAGCUGAAAGCAAUCAGAAAUAUGAAUUCAUCUUGUAAACUAUGUGAUUUGGGAUUUGUAUCCACACAAGUGUGGGUUACACUGCACCCUGUGGCAUGUCCUGCUGGAGGACAGUGAAUUACAUGGGUUUAGUGCUAACUCACCCUUUGUAUUCUGAGCUGGGCUCUUUUCUACCUUGUUCUUUCCCCAUUUCCCUGCAUCACACUAAUGUUCUCUUCCUCAGACAGAUUUUCUUCUCCAGUCAGUUCAUAAGGUCUAUCGGUGGCUAGGUUUUAUUUUUUGUCUGCCAUGGUUUCUUAUUGACCCUACAUAAUCUAAUAUUCUUUUGAUAUCAGGAUUUAUCUUUUAGGACUUCUACUCAGAAGUUCUGUCAUUUCUCUCCUACCACUAAACAGUAUUUCUUUUCCUGUGCCAGUGCUAGACUGGCUCUGAUUUAGGUGCAGUCUUUUAGGUGUGACUUCUACAACUUUGUGUAGAAGUUGGUCCCUUGAGCCACAGGUCUCUGCCUUUAAAGUCUCCUUUUCUUUUUUUUUUUUUUUUAAUAUCAGUUUUAAGUCAGUACAGCUAGAUCCCUGCAGCUCACCACAUGCCAGCUUAUAAUGUGUGUGAAACAAGAAGCAUUUCAAAGGAAGCUGAUGUAGGUGCCUGGGUUGCCUUUCUAGCAAUGAAGUUCAGCUUCCCGCUGAUCUCUCCUGUACUUCCCAUUGUUGUUAGUUUCUGUCUUGGCCACGAGUUUUGUUUUGGUCAUUGCUAGCAGCCUGUUCAGUUUUUUUGCAGGAUUUCCUAGUCUGGUGGUAUGUAGGGAAGUCUGCAGCUGCUGAUACCUGAAAUGAGCAAGUCUCUUGCUGUUUCUGCUGCCCCUGCCACCACACAGGGUAGCUCAGAAGGCCCUAGGGAAAAGUCAGGCUCCUUUGCCAGCUGGAUUGCUGUAGUUGGCCGCUGCUUAGCUCCCGUUGUUUCAUGAAACCUGCAGACCUUGACACCAGUGCUCUGGGAAAGGGCAGUCCUGGGCUGUAGCUGGAAAUGGCUAGGUAACUGGAAAUGGUUAGUUUUCCCUCUUUGUAUCUAGUUGUCCAGGUUGACAGCUUUGGCCUCAGUAUGCUGUACUGGGAUCUUAAAGGGUCUAGGCUAAGCAAUCUUGGUGCUGGGUGGGCCCACUGUAGGUCCUAGCUGUUAGUCCUGCUCUCUGCUUGCUUUUCUGGGCAGCUUCCACACCAUGUCCCACCUCAUCCCUUCCCAGCUAUGUCCCUCCUUUCAGUCCUGUCCCCCAGCAAGCUGUUUCAGGGAAGGCAGUGCUGUGCCUAGAUGUGCCUGAACCUCAAAAUCUGCAGCUCUGGGCUUGCAGAGAUUUCCCCUGUGGCUGUACGUAGAGUAUUUACCUGCCCAGAGCUGGAGUAUGGAGGUUUCCACGAGGUAGUUGAGGGCAGCCUGGCAGAGCCAAGCAGUGUGGCUGGGCAGUCACAACCUGUAGUAGGUUGCUUCAUGGCUCGAUGGAUGCUACAGUGUGCUGCCUGCUUCAGCCUGAUAGGUGUGUGGGUGACCCCCACAGCACAGGCUUGGGGGUGGCAAGCACUCUUGUCUCCCACUGGCCUUUUGGGGGAGAAGGGGAAUGGAGAAUGUGCAAAACUGAAUUUUGUGAGUGUGGCUGGCACUUGUUAGAGUCAAUCCUGGUGUGAAAAUAGACGGGGACCCAAGAAUAACAGGGGGGAUGGGGAGGAAAGACACAAAAGGAGAAGCAGAAGUGAGCAAAGCAGCUUGGGGCUGGGGAGUUGAUGGCUCAGAGCGCUUCCUGUUCCUGGAGCUGUGUGUGCCUGGCUGCGCACAGGCUUGUGCCUGUCUGUGCCCAAGUUGUGUAGGGCUGGAGAUCAGGGCACAUACCCAGAAACAGGCAGAUGGAGAGGGGCCGAAUGGACUGAUGGUAGACGCCAGGAGAGAUACAUGGCCAGCUCCCAAGAGGCGCAGAAACAGCUUGGCGUUGGGCACUCCAGCACAGACCGACUUCCCUUUUCUUGCCAGCGCAAACUGAUUUUUCCUCUGUGUUUUCUGAGUUGCUUUGGUGGUAGCUGCUUGGCCCCCUCUUCUUUCAUCCUCCACGAUGGUGAGGUGGUUUCAUCGUGACCUGAGUGGGCUGGAAGCUGAAGCCUUACUGAAGGGACGAGGUGUCCAUGGGAGCUUUCUGGCCAGACCUAGUCGGAAGAAUCAGGGGGAUUUUUCUCUUUCAGUCCGGGUUGGUGAUCAGGUAACCCACAUCCGCAUCCAGAAUACUGGAGAUUUCUAUGACCUGUACGGAGGGGAGAAGUUUGCCACCUUGUCAGAACUGGUGGAGUACUACACGCAGCAACAGGGCUCACUGCAGGACAAAGAUGGAACCAUCAUCGACUUGCGAUACCCACUCAACUGUUCCGACCCCACUACAGAGAGGUGGUACCAUGGGCAUCUGUCAGGCUCUGCAGCUGAGUCCCUUCUCCAGGCCAAAGCCACUCCUUGGACAUUCUUGGUGCGGGAGAGCCUCAGUAAACCUGGGGAUUUUGUCUUGUCUGUCCUCACUGACCAGCCUAAACCUGGGUCUGAUGCUCCACCAGCUGGGGCAACCAGUGCCUCUGGGGCCCGGCUCAAAGUCACGCACAUCAAGAUCAUGUGUGAGAAUGGACGCUACACAGUUGGAGGUGCUGAGGUGUUUGACAGCUUGGCAGAUCUGGUGGAGCACUUCAAGAAGAUUGGAAUUGAGGAGGUGUCUGGCUCCUUUGUGUACCUGAAGCAGCCUUACUAUGCUACGAGGGUGAAUGCUGCUGACAUUGAGAAUAGAGUGCAGGAACUGAAUAAGAAGAGUCUAUCUGAGGAGACAUCCAAGGCUGGAUUCUGGGAGGAAUUUGAUAGUCUGCAAAAGCAGGAAGCCAAGCAGCUGUUUGACCGUUAUGAGGGUCAGAGACCUGAAAACAAGAGCAAGAACCGAUACAAGAACAUCUUGCCCUUUGAUCACUCCAGAGUCAUCCUGCAAGGAAGGGACCCAAAUAUACCUGGAUCUGACUAUAUCAAUGCCAACUAUGUCAAGAACAACCUAAUCAGCCCAGAUGAGUGCACCAAGACCUACAUUGCCAGCCAGGGUUGCCUGGAUGCCACAGUCAAUGAUUUCUGGCAAAUGGUGUGGCAGGAGAACACGCGCGUUAUUGUGAUGACUACGCGGGAGGUAGAAAAAGGGCGGAACAAAUGUGUGCCUUACUGGCCAGAGGUGGGCAGCACGAAGGAAUAUGGUCCCUACCUUGUGGAGAACGCCGGGGAGCACGAUGCACUGGAGUACAAACUCCGGCACCUCUGCAUCUGUCCAAUGGAUAACGGUAAGGCUGCGCGUGAGAUCUGGCACUACCAGUACCUGAGCUGGCCUGACCACGGUGUACCCAGCGAGCCGGGAGGAGUGCUCAGCUUCCUUGACCAAAUAAACCAGAAGCAAGAGAGCAUCCCAGAUGCAGGGCCUGUUCUGGUGCAUUGCAGCGCUGGGAUUGGCCGCACUGGCACUAUCAUUGUCAUUGAUAUGAUAGUGGAAACCAUCUCCACCAAGGGGCUGGACUGUGACAUUGACAUCCAGAAGACCAUCCAGAUGGUGAGGGCCCAACGCUCGGGGAUGGUGCAGACAGAGGCCCAGUACAAGUUCAUCUACAUGGCCAUUUGCCAGUUUAUAGAGACAACCAAGAAAAAGCUGGAAGUUAUCCAGUCUCAGAAAGGCAAGCCGAAUGAGUCUGAGUAUGGGAACAUUGCCUACCCCCCUGCAGUGAGAAAUGUGCAUGCCAAGGCUUCGCGAAAAUGCUCCAAACAGAAAGAGGAGUUGAUGGUUUAUGAAAACUUGGGGAAAAAGGAGGAGAAGAUGCGGAAACAACACUCCUCAGAGAAGAAACUGAAAGGCUCACUAAAGAAAAAAUAAGCAUACAUUGCAGGUAGCCCUGUGGGGGUUUUGAACGUGGGGUACAGGACUGCAGCUCGCGUCCAGGCUGGCCUGUCUUGUGUUCCUUGAUCCUGGACUGCAACUAGGCCUUCCCCUUCUCUUCCGUGCCACCUCUCAGUGCCCUGAACCAGACUGCUUUCCAGCUCAGCUGACCAUUGUCCCUUGCCUGUGCAGGACAGUGGAGGCUCCUGCUGCCCCUUCAUCAUCCAUUAAUGGGAAAAACUCCUGCCCCUUCCUUCCCUUGCUCCCUAGGCACUGGGGCCCAAACUCACCUCUGCUGUGUCAGCUUCAGCAGACUCCUGGAGGAAGAGCUAAGGAAGCUCUUCACAGGAGCUACAGCUCUGCCCACCACUGUGAGUGAGGGUUUAGCCUGGUACAGUGCCCUGAAGCCUCAGCUUUUAAAGUAUGGAGGUUUUGGACCAUUUCAGCUCAGCUCUUCUGCCAUUCAACAGGAAACUUCCUCUUUCCUUAAUAUCAACCCUCUGCCCUACAAUCCCUUUUCUAUUUGAUCCUUUGAUUGGAUGCUGUAAAUAUACCAUAAUUUGAUGGGAUGGCCAUGUUUCCUCCUUUGUUUGUAAAUAAACUUGUAUUUGUUUGAA